UGCGCGUGAGAGACAUGCGCUUCAGAAAGCGAGAGAAAGACAAAAGCAUUUCUGCGCUUAUGAAGUUAAACUUCAGCUCGACAAACCUGCCAUUUCUUUUAGGUUUUACUUUCUCUGUCUGCGUUACUUAUUUGCCCGCUGAAAUGGAGAGCAGAUAUUGUGGCGCGUUUGAAGUAGCAGAAUGUAUCACGAAAAGAGGAUACAAAGUUUUCAAACCGAGCUCAUGUAAGGGGCUCUAUGACUGAGCGAUGCUUUCCGCCUAAAUUAAGCCCCAGAAGCUUCAAAAAAGAAACCAGGAGGCGUUUAAGUCCUCGUUUUCCAUUGAUAGAAUGAGAGAUGAAUGAGGAGCUGGAUAACAAUGGGAGCCACUUUGUUAAGCAUCACGAAGGCAUCCUGAUUGCUCAGCCAUGGAGUGACACUCUUAUCAGUCCAACAUCACACACGGAGCCAUGAAGCAUGCUAUGUGCAUUGCAUGUUUUAAGAGGGAAACUUCACGAAAAAUAUGCACCUUAUUCUUGGGUCUAAUUUUGCUGCUUUGUAUGCCACGGAUUGCACAUGAUUGCCGAUUCUGCUCACCUGCUUUAGGAAAGAAGAAUAUUGCAUUUAAUUAUAAACACAACCUGGUCACUAAUUAGAUAUCAGCCAUGGUUUCCAAGCUUGUCAGUUUUACAAGGUUUACUUCGUCUGUGGAGGAAACUAAUGUCUGCCAGUAGUAGCACCUCUCCUCUGACUUUACCUAAACACUUCGUCCACUCUCAGCAUCAGACUGCACCCCCAACCCCUUCUCCAUCACCAAGCCCUCUGGUGCCACUCUGUGUCCAGCUCUCCAAUGGGAAUCACAGCGUCCCGAGCCCCACCAGCUCCCUCCACGGAGUGUCCUUCCUCCUCCAGAUCGGACUUACUAGGGAGAUGGUCACCCUUGAGACACACAAUCUGUCCCUCAGUUCUGUGAAGGAUUUGGUCUGCUCCAAAGUCGAUCAAAAGUUCCCAGAAUGUGGAUUCUUUGGCUUGUACGAUAAGGUCUUGCUCUUCCGCCAUGAUCUGAACUCAGACAACAUCAUCCAGCGGUUAACAUCAGCAGAGAAUAUCCAUGAGGGAGAUCUGAUUGAGGUCGUCCUGUCUGCUCAAGCUACAGUGGAAGACUUCCAGAUCCGACCACAUGCGCUUUAUGUUCACUCCUACAAAGCGCCCACCUUCUGCGACUACUGGGGAGAGAUGCUGUGGGGACUUGUCCGACAGGGCCUCAAAUGUGAAGGUUGCGGCCUCAACCAUCACAAGCGAUGCGCUUUUAAGAUCCCUAACAACUGUAGCGGUGUAAGGAAAAGACGUCUUUCCAACGUGUCUCUGCCCAGCCCGUUGCUGUCUGUUCCUCGUCCUGGUCCAGCAGAGCAUGUUGUUGUGGCCCUGGAAGAUCAGCGCCAUCAGGAGCCAGGGAAAUGGAUACCGUCAUGGAGCGGUCGGCCAAUCUGGAUGGAGAAGAUGGUGCUAGGGCGAGUCAACGUCCCUCACACUUUUGUCAUUCACACCUACACCCGCCCCACCAUCUGCCAGUUCUGCAAAUGGUUGCUCAAAGGGCUUUUCCGCCAGGGCGUGCAGUGCAAAGACUGUAAAUUCACUUGCCACAAGCGAUGUGCUUCAAAGGUACCAAAAGACUGUCUUGGAGUUUUCAAUGGAGAGCCUGCCAGCCCUGGUCCUGAACGUGAUACCACAAUGGAAGUAGACAGCAGUGAUGUGAACAGUGAUAGCAGUGGUGGUCUGGAUGAUUCAGAGGAACCAACCACUCUAGAAGACAAGCUCUUCUUUGGACCCUUCAUGGACCGUGAGAAAGAUGAAGAACAUGUGAAAACCAUCAGCCCCUCUACCAGCACCAAUAUCCCCCUGAUCCGUGUGGUGCAAUCCAUCAAACACACCAAGCGAAGGAGCUCCACUGUGGUCAAAGAGGGCUGGAUGGUGCAUUACACCAAUCAAGACAAUCUUAGAAAGAGACACUACUGGAGACUGGACAGCAAGAGUCUGACUCUGUUUCAGAAUGACUCAGGAGCCAAGUUUUACAAAGAGAUUCCCCUGUCAGAGAUCUUGCAGGUGGAGGUAGCGCGUGACUUUGGUAGUUUAGCCCUGGGGGGCAAUUCGCACUGCUUCGAGGUCAUCACAGCCACCAUGGUGUACUAUGUUGGGGAGAACACUGGCGUCCCCCACCUCCACAUCCACAGCCCUGCGCUGGCUGCCAGUGGCAUGGGGCUGGAGGUGGCCCAGGGCUUGGAAAGGGCUAUCCGCCAGGCCCUGAUGCCUGUUCCAGUUACACCACAGCCCAGCAUGGGCGCCACAGUGGGACAGAGUAAAGAUCACAAGGAACUGUCCAUCAGCAUUUCUGUAUCUAAAAGUCAAAUCCAGGAAAAUGUGGAUAUCAGCUCAAUCUAUCAGAUCUUUGCUGAUGAAGUGUUGGGUUCUGGACAGUUUGGCAUCGUUUAUGGAGGGAAACAUAGAAAAACAGGCAAAGAUGUGGCCAUCAAGGUAAUAGACAAGAUGAGAUUCCCCACCAAACAGGAGAGCCAGCUGAGAAAUGAGGUUUCCAUUUUACAGAAUUUGCACCAUCCUGGGAUUAUAAACCUGCAGUGUAUGUUUGAGACUCCAGAGAGAGUCUUUGUUGUAAUGGAGAAACUCCAUGGAGACAUGCUGGAGAUGAUCUUGUCCAGUGAGAAGAGCAAACUUCCAGAGCGCAUCACCAAAUUUCUGGUCACACAGAUCCUUGUGGCUUUGCGACAUCUCCAUUUCAAGAACAUUGUUCACUGUGACCUGAAGCCAGAGAAUGUGCUGUUGGCAUCUGCGGAGCCCUUUCCUCAGGUAAAAUUGUGUGACUUUGGGUUUGCUCGGAUCAUUGGGGAAAAGUCUUUCCGGCGUUCAGUGGUGGGCACACCAGCAUAUUUGGCCCCAGAGGUGCUGCGCAGUAAAGGCUACAACCGUUCCCUGGACAUGUGGUCAGUGGGAGUCAUUAUCUAUGUCAGUUUGAGUGGCACCUUCCCCUUUAAUGAGGAAGAGGACAUUAACGACCAAAUCCAGAACGCAGCAUUCAUGUACCCACCAGCACCCUGGAAACAGAUCUCUGCUGAAGCUACAGAUCUGAUCAACAACCUUCUCCAAGUCAAGAUGAGGAAACGGUACAGUGUGGAUAAGACCCUCAGUCAUCCGUGGCUACAGGACUACCAGAUGUGGCUCGAUCUGCGAGAGUUUGAGACACGCCGAGGUGAACGCUACAUCACUCACGAGAGCGACGAUGCACGCUGGGAAAAGUAUGCUUCCGAGCACAGUCUGCUGUAUCCUAAGCACUUUAUCAUGGCUCCAAACCUCGAAGAUAUGGACGAGGACCUCUAGUGGCUAAGUGAGCCGAACUGAAAACGAGGUCAGUUGAAGGCAGCAACCUGUUAAUGGUCUGUUGCUAUGGAGCUGAAACACAUCAGCAAUCUGUAGCAGUCUUUGAGGGGAGCAGACUUCUCUCUGGAUGUCAACUAGAGCCAUGGAGACUGCGGAUCCACACUGCUAAUGAAGAUGAAGGCUGUUUCAGAGCAUGUGCGGUCAGAAGUCUUAAUGACUGUUCUUUUCCAAAAGGUGCUGUUAAGUGUGUUUCUUACAAUAAUAUAAAGGUUAGUAACAGAUGUGAAGAAGUAAAACAAAACAUACUGGGGAGAGCGAUGCAGUCGUUUAUAUUAGUGUUCACAGCCAAAGCAUCAGACUGAAACAUGCGUAUUUUAAACUCCUAUUCUUCUAUGAUAUCCUAAUAACAAAAGGGGUCGGUAAGGUGGUUUUGUUUUUGUUUUUUUGCACUAAUCCAUACAACCAGUGCAGCUUGUACAAUGAAGUGGAUUCUGUGAGAUAACAGCACGCCAUUCUUCAAGAAUCAUUGUCGUCGGAUGAAACAAGAACCACACUUAAGCAUGUUUGAACUGAAUUGAAUCUGCCAGACAGAACGGGAGAUCGUUUCUUCAGCGUACCAAAGACAUUUGCAUCUAUCGUGACUCUUGUUCUCUCUUCGUCUUAGAGCUGUUGUCCUCAGAGCCAUUCUUACUGCAAUUUUUAAAUCUAAUAGCAGCUAAGCAGUGCAGAAAGAUGUUUUGGUCAAAAGCCUUCUGUGAGAAAGCUUUUUGACUUAUUAGCAAAGCUGUUUUUCAGACAGACAAAAAAAAGGUAAUGUAUAGAAAAUAACUGCUAAUUACCUUUAUUAGAAAAGAUGACCCGUGUUAUUUAUAUAUAGUAUGUAAUGUCCUGAAGAAUGAACCUUUCUAUGAAUCCCAGAACUGGAAAAUCUAAGAAAUAUAUAUUUUUGGUAAUGAAUGUUUUGUUGUUGUAAAUGCCACCUACAAUAUUAAAAUUAAGCUGGAUAAAUUGGAUUUCACACACACACACACACACACACACACACACGCACACACACGCAGACACACACUUGAAAUCUUUAGUUGCACAAACAGACACCCUAGUGAAAAUGAACAUGUAUCAGGGUAAAAGAAGCCAUUUUCUAGUAGUUUCUUUUCAUUGUCCAUGAAAUGAUAACUGUUAUGUACGCAUUGAAAUAUGGGAAAACAGGAUUGAGGAUUCCUCUAAAUCAUUGCAUCUUCAUCAUUAUGUUGCCACUGGUUUGGCAAGUGUCAGUGUUCUGUAUAAACGGAUUCAAUAAAAAAGGAUAGAUUCCAUGUGUUUGGGGUAAUUGUUCAAGGUGUUGGACUUUCCUAAGGAGAGAUUUGACAAGUUUUGCAGGUCAUGAAAUGAUCCCAUAGACCUAUAUACAGUAUGAAGGACCUAUGCAUGUCUGCACUGGAAUGUCAUGAGGAGGUUUCACACAGCCCUUUCCACAAAAUUACAGGCACUUUUCUAUUUACAGAUCUUGUGUGAACAACAGAAAUUCGGCUAAAUCAGUUCUGGUAAUUUGCUGAGAUGAGAAUUUGUAACAUUACUAUUAAAUUUCCAUUUGUGAACAAAGCAUGAGGCCAGAAACAUACUUAAGUAUGUGAACACAACUGUGGUGUUUGUUAAUCAAACAACCCUUCCUGUGAUUUUUCUAAUGAUCCUGAAGACAUUGAUUAGGAAACUCAGGUGUAUUUGAUUAGGGUUAGAAAAGUUGAUUAGUAGGAAAGUGGAUCUCGUGAGCCAGGUUUGAGGAUCACGGAUGUAAAAUAUGGCUGCAUCGGAAUAUGAAUACUUGUCUAGUAGGUGAAAAACAGUAUGCAAAAGAGUAAUAUCUCCAUGGGACACGAUCUACUACAAGGCUUCUGUCUCCUGAUUGGUAGUUUAUAAGUUUUUUUUUUUUUUUUUUUA